CAACGCAGGGCCAUUAGUGUGCGGUCUCCAUGGGCUCCUCAGUCCGUAGGGACACGGUGACGGGCCCUUUCGUCACCGCACCUCCCGUUCUUUUGACAGGGCGAGCUCUGCUGCCCUGGCACGCCUUACUGCCCAAGGCGUGCGUCGCCGGUUUACCGGCCGCUGAGCACAGGAUGCAGUUCGCUUCAGCGGCGGUGCAUUCGCGGGCCUUGUGGUCCAGUGGCCGUUGUCCUGAAGCGCACCGCAGUCAAGCCGACCUCGCUCAGCUUGAUGCGGCUCUUCGCUUGCUUCAGGACAGUUUCGUACUUCAAUCCUUUCUCCUCAGCACCGGGCUUCAGGGUGAUGGUGAUCACCGCGGUGCGAGGAGGGCGAAGUUUCCCUUUAGGGGCCUUCCUCUUCACAUGACUCGGAUCCGAUUUCGUGGUCUUCGUUUUGUUCUUCUUGGCCGCCUUGCUCGGUUGUUUUUGAGCAACGGCGGCCCACGAUAG